AUGGAAAAUCUCAGCUUUUCAGAGAUGAGCAAGUACGGCGAAGGCAUGCUCUACUGGACGGAGGUCCAUGCCCGUGGCCUUCUGAAGAAAACCAAACGUCGAAUCACCCAAGAGGUUGAAGAGUGGGAAGAAGCCUGUGAUGAUGAACCCGCUGAAGAGCCAGAACUUGACUGGGGUUUUCUUGGUGAUGACAAACCACCAGGUUUUGCGCAGCAGGAUGUGAAGGACCAGGACCUGCAGCCGAUCACAGUUGAGUCGGAUGAUGUCAAGAAGGAGCUCAGUAAGAUGAACUACCCAGAACAGGAGGGAGACCUAGCCCCUUCCGCCAUUGCCCCCAAGGCUUGUUUAUCAAUUCAGAAACAGGUCACCAAGCUUGAGGCUUUGGCGGCCACAUUCACUGGUACUGAGAAGAAACUUUCGUUGAUGUCGGAGAGGCUUGCCACAUCGAUCAAAGAACUCUCGGCGGUGGAUGAAGAAUUGAUUGAUCAACAUGGUCUUGGAGUCCUCGAUGGCUACACUUAUGCGCCCAGAGCUCCAGAGGCGCCUAAGGCGCUACCAAAGGAGCACAAGGUGCCCAAGGCAAAGUGUGAGCCUAAGCGGAAGGCAAAGGCCAAGGCCACGGCUGAGAGCGCAGAGAGAUCUCUCAGGGUCCUGGCUGGUCAGUCGGUGGAUGAAGCCGGCAAAAAUGCAUCCCGGAACAUGCAUUCACAGUUGAAAUCAUUGGGAUAUUCCUUGCCAAUUGACAUACAUCCUGUGGAACAUUGUUCAGAAGCUGGGGAAAUCCAAACAAUCACUACUUAUCACAUCAAGCCAUCGUCAUGGAUACGGCAUUGGAUGAGUGAAAGCCCAGAAAUACUUGGAGGAUGUGGUGGUGGGGACCCGGGUUCCAACUUUGAAGCAUUCUGGAAAGCCUAUCAAGUUCAACAUCCAGGACAUGUUGUUUUUCGGAACCAUAUGGACCACUUAGACCGAGUGGUACCCUUACUCAUCCAUGGAGAUGAGGGCCGAGCAAUCAAACGCACCAAUUACCUGCUUAUGUCGGUAGAAUCUCCAUUGGGUACAGUGCAUGAUCCCAACAUCCGCUGUUCAUGUGCCAAAGACCUGGCCAACCGUCCCAACAUACCACAAUAUGGAUGUGAUGGAGGCAUGCUGGACCAAAAGACCAUUGAGAUUGCCAGGGGGCAACUGACAAACUACAAGGGCCACUCCUACCUUUCUCGUUGGAUUCUCUUUGGUGUGGGUGGCUGGAUCUACAAAAAACGUCCUGAGAUUGUGAAUGUCUUACUGACUGAAAUUACGAAUGACCUCCGGGACCUUUUCCACACGGGUGUGGAAACAACAUCUGGCAAAGUAUUUUUUGGGGCUGUGAUUGCAAUCAAAGGCGACAUGGCGUUUCACAAGUCUCUGAUGCGGUUGGACCGCAGCUACCACAACCUUGACACGGCUGGCGUGACUGAGAUCUGCCACCAUUGUUUGGCGGGUGGCCCUGGCUUUAGCUUUGAAGAUUUUUCUGAGGACCCCAUGUGGGUUCAAAGUAUGUACUUACAAAGACCAUGGCCAUCUGAUCAACCGCCCCCGAUGGCAGCAAUCCCAUACGACCCAGAUUGCCCGGAACAAAUCCUGCAGGGCGAUAUCUUCCAUAUCCACAAGGUGGGGGUUGCAAGAGACGUGAUAGGGGGUGUUCUCAUCCUAUUGCUGCGACUACCAUUUUUGGACUAUCCAGGUUCUACAACAAACAUUGUGGACCGGCUCCAGCGAGCUCACAGCUAUUUUGUGAUGUGGGCCCGAAGUCAGGGCAAAAGCCCAGGCUUACGGUCUUUUACGAAAUCUUUUUUCAAUCUGAAAACGCUGAUUUCCUCACCCUGGGCAAAUUCCAAGGGGUCCGAUUCCAUGCUGUUACUGGAAUGGUUGAUUUUUACAUUGAAAUUGAAUUUGCAGAGUCCAGCUGUUGAAGGUCACUCUGGUUUGUUGAAACGGAUGCUACAACUAUGUCAGGCGAGUUUGUCACUGAAAAUGAUUCACUCCCACAAGUUGUGGUUGGAGAGGGAUUGCGCUCGUCAACUUUAUGCACACAUCAUGACGACGCUUAGAGCUUAUGCUGUUUGCGCGCGGGAUGCGAUUGCAUUGAAGGUUCAAGCAUUUCGGCUAAAGCCGAAAUUUCACGCACUUCACCACAUUGGAGUGUUUUUAAAGUCGCAGCUGGUACGAGGAAACACGCUGAUUUGCAAUCCGCAGAUGUAUGCUUGCGAGCCAAAUGAAGAUUUUGUUGGGCGCAUUAGCAGGUUAAGCAGGAAAGUCAACAUCAGGUUGUGUGACAAGCGCGUUUACGAGAG